AUGUCGCACACACUUGCAUCCAGCAGUCGCAGCUCCUCCACAUCCUCCUUGACAGCCCUCGAGACUCCCGACUUUCUCACUCGCAACAGCUCUCACCUGUCAUCCUCAGCCACCUCGGUCCACGAUGAGCCCUUUGUAUCCACAUCCGAUCUGGCUCCAAAGCUCGAGUCGGCGAUGCCCGGUUGCCUCAACUCGACGCUCGACCACAUGAUUCAAACAGAAGGAGGAGGAAGCUGGCCACCCAAGCCAACCUAUCGCGAAUCGUGGCCUCACUGCCUCCACAUCUAUGACCAGGUCGCAAAGCAGGCUCCGCCACGCUUCGUCUCUACCAACUUGCGCCCCAACUACACCGAUGCCGAGCUCAGACAGAGGAUCGACGAAAACCGUCUUUGGCUCGUGCGGUCACUGGCUUCAGCCGACGUGCAGCAGGUUAUGGCUGCAUUGCCAGAACUCGACGUCAACGCUCGCCUGGGCUUCCUCGCUUGCACAGCCUACCUCAUCCACCUCUAUCGAUGGGGCACAUUACCCGUAGUCGCCAUGGCCCAAGAUGAGAAAUCCAUUGCUUUCCCUGCCAUCAUCCAGACUCCUUUUAGAUGGCUCAACGACUUCUACGGCAUCGAGUCCAGCGGCGGCUGUCUCUAUUCCAUGACGCUGGUCAACGUUAUCCCGCACGGCGAGCAACUCGAGAUGGCUUACUCCAACAUGCGUCACAUGCCUCAGCAGUCGGUCGUAGACGCAGAACGAUACAAUGCCUUUGUGUUCUACCAGAUGGAACGCCUCUCGCUCGAUCUCUACCGCUCCAUCGCUCAGUGCCAGACCCUACUGGCUCAGGGCCAAGAGCAACUGGCAGCGGACGCGCUCAAGCAAGGUCACGUCGCACUCAAAGCUGCUUUCCGUCACUUCUUCGACACGCUGAAAGAAGAAAAGAUCCAAAAGCAGGUGUGGAUGUCGCACGCCCAGGGCUUCCACGGUUGGGGGGUCGAUGACUUUGACGGUGUCUCGGGCGACCACUCGCUGCUCAUCCGCACGCUGGAUGCUUUCCUCGACAUUCCGCUGCGCACCCAACCUGGUUGUCCCUUUGCUACGGCAAAAGUACCUGUCAAGUCGUGGGAUGCUGCCGUAUGCCCUGUCAGCGGUGCGACAAGUGCUUCGACAAGCGCACCGAGCGCACUCAGCGCGCCCGGUCUGCUCAGUCGACUGUACAACUGGAUGUGGCCGUCGACCUCGUCUGCGCCCGAGACCAAGCUCGCUACCGUGCCAUGCGUGGGCCAGAAGCAGAUGAAGGAGAUCCGAUUCAGCGAGGUGCCCUACUCGAACGAGUACUUGCCCCGUGGUCAGGUCAACUGGAUCCGAGCCGUACGCGAAGCUCGACUGCGGGCGCUUGCCUCGACCUCGCCCGACUCGCCCGUGACGCUCGAGAUGGACGAGAUGCUCAAGACGUUCAAGCUGUGGAGGAUGGGGCAUACGCGCAAGGCGGUCUACUACGAGGAUCUUCAUCUGCCCGAGCGCAAACCCAUGACGGCGUCUGGUGGUGUCGGUGGCGGUGUCGCUCAGGACGGUGAAAGUUUGGCGCAGAUGAUGGAAAAAUUGGAAGCGAGGUUGAGGGCGCGCAUCGCUGCGACCAAAUAA